AUGAUAUUUCUUGCACUUUUUACUAUUCUCUACGCAUUUGCGUCGGCAGAAAAAUGUACUGGGCCCCAACGGCCCAAAUGUGAUGCUGGAUGGUACACUUCGUAUCGGCCACAGGGAAUUUGGUGUUUGAGGGUUGGAGGUAGUUUAAUGUACAAAGAAGCAGCGACUCAAUGUGCCCAGUAUGGAGGAGUUAUUUCCGGUGUUCAAAACGAUUUUGAGCGUGAUUUGCUGGUUAGAGAAGCUCAACGACAGUUGGCAGGAUAUAAGGUUCCGAUGUCUGGAAUGUGGUUGGGAGCACAGAGAAAUGGUUCGGGCUUCUAUUGGACCGACGGGUUCACUACUGGAACUGCAGGAUUUACCUAUGGACCAGGGCAACCGGAUAACAUGAAUAUUGAUGCAAGGGUACCCCAGACAUGUCUCAUCCUAAUCACAAUGGCACCCUCUUACACUGGAGUCUGGACUAGAUUCAAAAAUGGAGAACUUGAUGAUACAUGGUGCAAUUCGCCUUCCGAUCCUCCGUACAGAAUGUAUGCUUGUGGAAAGCGUGGUCCCAAGGAUAUUCAAUUUGUUUGAAUGAUUUGGAUUAAUAAAUUGAAAUUGAUAACAAAA